ACACACACAGCUGAUAGUUCAACCUACACACCUGCUACAACACAUUUAUGUGGCUCCUGUCUCUUGUUUAACCGGUGUAUUGUAGCUCCUGGCACCUCUGUGGGUCCGGUGGUGUUAUAAGAGUGCCCCAGACAUUUAACAUUAUCAUCCAACGUCCAAAAACUGAAGUUGCGAGUAUUAAUGUGGCUCUGAAAAAAGUUUUUUGUACCUGGUUUUUGAUACUGGAGUGUUUUAGUGGUCUUAAAAUUUUAAUUCGAGUUACUUAGGUGGUAAAUAAGUGUCAAGUGAAAUAUGUAAUGAAAAAAUUGUGAUAUAAGUUUAAUUCAGAAAUUUGCUGGAAAGCUGUGAAGUAGGAAAUUAACGGCAGGUUAUUAGUGUGUGUUAUCCACACUGCUGGAGGUGGAUCUUGGUGGAUCACCUUGAAGAUCUUUGUGGAUCAGCUUGAAGAUCUUGGUGGAUCAACUUGAAGAUCUUGGUGGAUCAGCUUGAAGACCUUGGUGGAUCAGCUUGAAGACCUUGGUGGAUCAGCUUGAAGACCUUGGUGGAUCACCUUGAAGACCUUGGUGGAUCACCUUGAAGACCUUGGUGGAUCACCUUGAAGACCUUGGUGGAUCACCUUGAAGACCUUGGUGGAUCACCUUGAAGACCUUGGUGGAUCACCUUGAAGACCUUGGUGGAUCACCUUGAAGACCUUGGUGGAUCACCUUGAAGACCUUGGUGGAUCACCUUGAAGACCUUCAUAACGGGCAGAUCAGCUUGAAAGAUCCUGAAGAUCUUAAACAGUCUUAAUUCGAAGAUCUUGAUCGCAGGAAGAUCGACCUAGAGAUCUUGGUCGCGGGUAAAGGGGCUUGAAGACCUAGUUUUUCUAAAGCCACCGCGCUGAAGAUCGAGGUGGAGGCCGAUGCCAGAAUGCGACAGCAGAAUGUUCGGACGCUGUCACUGGUUGUUUGUACGUUCACCUACCUUCUGAUCGGUGCCGCAGUGUUCGAUGCUCUCGAGUCUGACACCGAGGCCGAGAGACUACAGAUUAUUGAAUACGUGCGGCAACAUCUACAAGGGAAGUACAACAUCAGUGGAUCAGAGUACAAGUUAAUAGAGACGGUGAUCAUAGAGAAUCAGCCACACAAGGCAGGACCGCAGUGGAAGUUCGCAGGAGCUCUCUACUUCGUCACUGUGGUGGUCGCCAUGAUCGGUUAUGGUCACUCUACGCCUGAGACGGUGGGAGGAAAGGCCUUCUGCAUAGUGUAUGCUGUGGUGGGGAUCCCGCUCGGCAUGGUCAUGUUCCAGUCCAUAGGUGAACGUCUCAACAAAUGCACCUCCAUCAUCAUCAAAAAGACGAGUGUUUUGAGACAGAUGAAGAAGAUGCUGGGGUGUGCUACUACUGAGGCCACGGAUGUGAACCAGCUGUGUGUGACAGGGACACUCUCCUCCAUCGUCAUGACUGCCGGAGCUGCUGUCUUCUCCCACUACGAGAACUGGAACUACAUCGACGCCUUCUACUACUGCUUCAUCACGCUCACCACCAUCGGUUUCGGCGACUUCGUAGCCCUCCAGAAGGACAAUGCCCUCACCACCAAGCCGGGAUAUGUGGCUCUCUCCCUAGUGUUCAUUCUCUUUGGCCUCACCGUCGUCGCCGCUUCCAUCAACCUUCUUGUCCUCCGCUUCAUGACAAUGAACACUGAGGACGUGAAGGCUGGAGACUAUGAGAUGCAAGACGCCUCUCAGUCUGUCGUCACGCUGGAUGGGGAACUGAUGGCCAUCAACGGGAAGCUUUUAGCAGGGACACAUGACUCAGAGGUGGGAGAGGGUCGUGUUGGGUCCUUCACUAGCGUGGCUACCGUCUGCUCGUGUACCUGCUACCCAAGACCACACCAUAGUCCCACUGACACCCACCGAUACUCCGUCGUCAGGUCACCAUCAAGGAUCUCCAACUUGCUGCUGGAGCAGGGUCCUGGAGGCAGCAAAGCCGCCCCUCAUCACAGUGAUCAGUUCCCACCUCUCCUUCACGACUCCUUCAUGGUCGCUAACUAUCUCAAGACCAAGCGAUCCUCCGUCUGAGUUAGUCUGAUAAUUUAUUAUACACCUCGUAUCCAUCUGUGGAUGGUUUCCACCCCAUAAGCAUCCCGUGGACGGUAGUCAAAAUAUUACGGAGAUACAAAAUGGGUCCAGCGGUUGGGUCUCGGCCCCUGUGAACCACGCAGAGACUUUUUAAUAUUAUAUACAACAGCAGUGUACUUCUACCCUAUUUUGUAUACAUUUAUUAUAUAUGAUAGUACAUUGUGGAAGCACCCGCAGUGUGCGGCUACAUUAACACAGACAGCAGCAGGUACAGCAACACACAGUAGCAGAUACAGCAACACACAGUAGCAGGUACAGCAACACACAGUAGCAGGUACAGCAACACACAGUAGCAGGUACAGCAACACACAGUAGCAGGUACAGCAACACACAGUAGCAGAUACAGCAACACACAGUAGCAGGUACAGCAACACAGUAGCAGGUACAGCAACACACAGUAGCAGGUACAGCAACACACAGUAGCAGGUACAGCAACACACAGUAGCAGGUACAGCAUACUCAGUAUGAUAAUUCCAUUGUAAAAACAGAAAGGUUUCCAUGACUCACGGGCGGGAUUUGAACCCGCGAUCAGUCUCAAAACUCCAGACCGUCGCGACGGUCUGGAAUUUUGAGACACUCUGACCGCGGGUUCAAAUCCAGCCCGUGGUAUGGGUUUUUUUUCAGAAAUGUUUCCCCUCAUAUUUCAUCACAUACGAUGAGUUAAAUACAUAAGGCGAUGAAAUCUUUAAAGAACAAACUGUGAGAUUUCAGCAGACGAUGAAGAUACAGUCAUUUAUUCCACUGUGACCCUAACAACAACGUACGAACAUGGAUUAAUGUCGAGUAAGGAGGUGUAGGGCCCAGAGGGCUACAGAGGUGACCUAUAAUGAUAUAAAAAAAAUUGAAAUGACCAAAAUUAGCAUUAAUUAGCAUUAAUGUUACUGCUUGCAUCAGUAUUGCCGGAAGUGAUUUCUAUACUGGAAGCAAUUAGCAACAGUAUUACCAGAAGGAAGUAUUAAUGUAACUCAACAGUAUUACCAGAAGCAAAUAUUACAUUUUAACAACAGCAUUGACAGAGAUAGUCAUUGUAUUUUGACAGCAAAGAUGGUAAUAAUGUCAAGGUUAUGAUGGCCCGGUGGCCUGGUGGCUAAAGCUUCCGCUUCACACACGGAGGGCCCGGGUUCGAUUCCCGGCGGGUGGAAACAUUCGACACGUUUCCUUACACCUGUUGUCCUGUUCACCUAGCAGCAAAUAGGUACCUGGGUGUUAGUCGACUGGUGUGGGUCGCAUCCUGGGGGACAAGAUUAAGGACCCCAAUGGAAAUAAGUUAGACAGUCCUCGAUGACGCACUGACUUUCUUGGGUUAUCCUGGGUGGCUAACCCUCCGGGGUUAAAAAUCCGAACGAAAUCUUAUCUUAUCUGACAGCUCCGCUGUGAUGCUGCUGACAGUGACAUAAGGAAUACCAGAAUUUAAAAAAAAUGGCAUAAUUUUUAAAGGGGUGGACGGGUAAGCCAGCAGAAGGCCUCGGUCAGAUGUCCAUAAGUUCCAAAGGCGGGUCAUCAUAUGACUAACAACAGCCUAAGCAGAAACUUUUAAUAUAAACCUUGACAUAUACAGUAUUUCCACCAUUAUAUUCACACCAUCACAGGACAUCACGUAGUUCAAGAAUCUGAACAAAUAAACAUUAUUAUUAUUAUCAUCAU